UUUAUCUCUUGAUUAUAGAACUGAAUGAUGAGAACCAGAAUGCGGAGAGCCUUUGUACCACUUUUUUCAAUGGAACUUGAAUGCAACACAGCAGCAGGAGGACUCUCUGCGCAUGCUCGCCUCGUAGCUUUAGCAUUAUUAGUCCACUGUAAUGUCUGUGUGCUCCUAAGGCGUGUUGUCAUCUCGCCACAUCGCUGUGUUUCUUCCUCGCAUGAGUUGGGGUACCUGCGGCUGUCAGGGGUCGUCCAUGAUUCACAGAGAGCUGUAGCUACGGUACAGCAGGAGGAAAAGCACUAUGUCGGCCAAUAAAACAAAGAAAGUCAAAAUGGCUACUAAAUCUUGUCCUGAAUGCGACCAACAGAUUCCUGUUGCGUGCAAGUCCUGCCCGUGUGGUUAUGUGUUUAUUAGCAGAAAACUACUCAAUGCUAAAUUAAAUGAGCGCUCUUCUCCGGCCAUAGCAGACAAGCUGGACUUUAAGCGGAGGAGGACGGAGCGCAUCCGCAGAGAGAGGAUAGACUCUUCUCUGACCAAUGACAUGGAGAACAGGAGGAGACCCCGCACCAACAGCCAAUCAGAUCCCAUCCGGAGGGGGCGUGGCAGACCAAAGACUGUGGGAUUGAAGAAACCAGAUGAGGACAAAGAGAAACAGGAGAAAGAGGUGGAUAUGUAUGCCAGUCUUUCCGAUGAGAAGGCUUUUGUGUUUUCUGUCGCCUUGGCUGAGAUCAACCGCAAGAUCCUGGGUCAGAGACUCAUCCUAUAGACCUGAUGGAACCUAUCACUGAAUAACUUCUCAUUGGAGAGGGAGACCAAAGAGCUUUGACCUGCAAGUGUUUCACUCUGAUGACGGGGUGUGGCUGCUGAAGCUUCACACUGAGGCGUCCACCACAGACUGCACACACACGUCUGUACACUAACAGCACCAGCAUGGUUUGUGUUGUAACAAUGGGACGAUGCAUUGAUGAUAUUUCCCAACAGUUGUGUAGAUUCAAACAUCCGAGUAUAAAUAUCCACAGCCAUCCACACCAUGAUGUGCUCUUGAUUUAAGUGGAUGAAGAAAUACUACAUUCAUCUGAAGACAGGAACACCCUCAGCAGACAGUGGAUCACAUUAAUGGAAGGCAGCAGGACUCUCAGCUGUGUGCGUUCCGAUGAACUGAAGAUAUAUAAUAGGAUCGUCAUUGUUCUGUGAUCUGUGAGUAAUAUUGAGCCUCCUUGAAGAGUUCAAGCUUUCACUUCACUUAUGAAUCCCUGAACAAGAUUAAGACGUUUCAUCUCCUUCUAAAUUUUACAAACCAUAAUGUCAUUAAUAACUGCUACGUACAGUACACACGGUGUGUUUACUAGUUGGUUUUAAGGGCAAGUUGGAUUGUUUUGGAUAGAUUUCACCUUGCUUCGUUUGUGGAUGAAAGUAAAUAAAUGCAAUCAACUCAAGACAGUGUGUAGCUGUCCAGCUGUGAUACAGGAAGUCAGACAAAUAUUUAUCAGAUUGUGAGAUAGUGCUGAUGUACUGAAUAUGUUUCUUUUAAAAUAAAAUAUUUUUUUUAGCAAUC